UAUCCCUGAACUUAGCGCUGGGAACGAGAGGCUCCUUUUUCUAACCCAUCGCCUUUGAUUCCGCUGCUUCUUCAUGUAAGGAUCUGCCUCCAUUGUGGUUUGAUUGACACAGCCUUUUCUAUAAAUUUGAGCAAUUAAGCAGCCUAGUAGCAGCUGGCAAGGAGCUCUGGCAAGAGCCGACACUGACAGAGGAGGAGGCCGCCUCCCGUCCUUUGGCAAGCGACUGCCUUGCAGAACCGCAGCUGGAGAAAAGAGGGGCAUUCCUCGAGCUAGAAUGAAGCUCCCAUCCGUGGUCCAAGGCUCACUGCUUCUCUUCAUCCUGGCCAGCUGGGCCGGUGCCCCCAAGCCCCCCAGCAUCAACCUGCAAACGUUCACUGGUUGUGCUGUGCGUGAAUUCACUUUCCUGGCCAAGAAGCCUGGCUGCAAGGCGAUGCGAAUUACGACAGACUCCUGCUGGGGCCGUUGUCAGACUUGGGAGAAACCUGUGCUGAAACCCCCUUACAUCGAAGCUCACCACCGCGUCUGCACUUACAACGAGACCAAGCUGGAGACGGUGAAGUUGCCAAACUGUGCGGCCAACGUCAGCCCAUUCUACACGUACCUCAAGGCCAUUCGGUGUGACUGCGGCAUGUGCCUCACCGAGACCACGGAAUGCGAGACCGCCUGAGCCCUUGGCACAACGGCUGAAGUGCAACCUUCUGUGGGCUCAAUCCUGCUGCUGGCGAAAACCGGCAGUAGGGCAAUGGUGGCGCUGAGAAUCAGGGUGGGAUGUAGUCGCUUGGCUCUGGAAUUUCUCUUCCUUUCCCCCAUUGGCCCUUAUUUAGAGAUUUCAUAUAGCCACGUAGUUGAGGCUUUAGAAACCGUCAGCAGCACAUACUGGAAGACUGGAAGCUGCCUUACGGGUGAAACUCGGGAAAUUAGAAUAUCGUUGAA